CUCCCAGUUCCUGUCCCCGUCCCGAACCUGACCAAAAAGUCGCGUGGACGCCGGGUGCCUACUGUAUCUUCUCUAGAGCAUUCACGGCGUGGGGAGGCUGCAGAAGCUGUCAAGGGUGCGAGGAUACAUAUGUGCAAGGUGGCAGGCUGCGGAAAGUGCUUCGCACGAGGCGAACACUUGAAGAGACAUAUUCGUAGCAUCCAUACUUAUGAGAAACCGCACAAGUGUCCCUACCCAGGCUGUGGCAAGGACUUUAGCCGCCACGAUAAUCUUGGUCAACACAUGCGGGUUCAUAAGGAUUAUCGG